AUGGUCAAAAUUGCCAGGUAUAUCCCGAUCUAGUAAGUGAAACUAAUAUGAGAAGAAGAGAGUAAGAAGAUAAUUGGAGCCUUGUGACUGUUGUGACUCCUUGUGACUUUGUGAGCAGCUGUGGCCGCCUAUCCAAAUAAAGGGAUAUACUUUGACGCGGUGACCCCCUGGUUUUAUAAAGCUUUACUGUAAAAAAAAGAAAAAUGAUCCUAUAAGCUUAAAGACAGAUGGAUGUGGGCCUUACAAAUUGGACGACAUUUCAUUUCAUUCCUUUCAUUCAAAAUUGAACGCAACAAUAAUAAAGUUGGCAGUAUCAUAUCAUCACUUCUCACUCAUUCACACACUCCUUCACUUUGCAAUAACUAAUUCAUUAUCCCACACGGUUACCCAUUUCUGGUUUCUGGGUCGGAUCCCAUUUUCUCUCUCCUCAGGAACACUUGUUUUUUGGGAUGGGAGGUGGAGUGAAAGAGUCCUGGUUUAGUAGUUUAUGGGGGAUUUCACGAAGAAAUGGUUCGCAUUCUGAGAAAGCUGUAAUGGGAAUUCUAGCUUUUGAGGUGUCAACUUUGAUGUCUAAGGUUGCUAACUUAUGGAAUUGUUUGAGUGAUAAUUAUAUAUCGCAGUUGAGGGAAGAUGUUAUUAACUCGCCUGGGAUUGUAAAACUUGUAUCAGAUGACGAAAAUUUUCUCAUGAACCUUGCUUUUGCGGAAAUAGUUGAGAAUUUGUGGUACGCUGCACACUCUGUCACUAGGUUAGGAAAGAAAUGCUCUAAUCCCGUAUAUCAUCGUUUGGACCAACUUUUAAGCAGCCCUCUUGAGAAUUCUACUGAAUUGUAUGGAUGGGAAUAUAGAUGGAAGAAGAUGGAGAAAAAAGUAAAGAAACUGGAGAGAUUUGUUGCUGCUACUUCACAAUUGCAUCAAGAGAUGGAGGUGCUGGUGGAGCUUGAACAAACAUUGAGGAGAAUGCAGUGCAAUCCAGAAACCAGUCGAGUUAAAUUGCUUGAAUUUCAACAGAAGGUCAUUUGGCAGCGUCAAGAGGUGAAAAACUUACGAGAAAUGUCCCCUUGGUCUAGGACAUAUGACUACAUAGUGCAGCUUUUGUCAAGAUGUCUAGUUACUAUAAUUGAGAGGCUUAAACUUCUGCUUGGAAUUAAUGAAGUGAUAUACUUGGACAGAAAUCAUACGUCAGGGCCUAAGCCUACAGCUGGAUCCCUCAUUCGGAGCCGCUCAUUUGUACACUCUUCUGUUUAUCCCUCUGAAACUCAUAGCUCUAUCUUUUAUUCAGGACCUUUGGUUAGGUCAAGCUCUUUACUGGGAUUGCCUACUAGAAGUAAGAGAGCUAGCAAAAGGCAACAGAGACAGACUCUUCAGAAUGAACAAAAUCAACAUAAAAAGUUUCCUUUUUUAAACACAAAACGGUUUGCUCAAUCAGGACCAUUUAAAGGAUGCAUGAUUGCUGGAAGUAAUUCUCCAGUAGUUGAGAGCUGUAUGCCAACAAGCAGUGGGCCUUCAAGUUCCGUGGCUAUUGUUUUGAGUGAUGUGGAUGGAAAAUCAAACAAAAUGGAUCCCUCUUCUCAUGACAACACAUUUGCCUCAAGCAGCUCAGUUUAUCUUUCACAGUGUAUAUUGUCAAAUACUCCUCCAUGUUCUCUGGGAAGUGCUGCCUUAAGUCUCCAUUAUGCAAAUAUUAUUAUAUUAAUUGAAAAGCUUGCUUCAUCGCCUCACCUGAUUUCCCAUGAUGCAAGGGAGGAUCUGUACGAUAUGUUAACAACAAGCAUAAGGAGCAUGUUGAGGGCUAGACUAAAACUGUACACCAAAUCCUUUGCUUCCUCAGCCUAUGAUUCUGCCCUUGCUACGGAAUGGAGUCUGGCAAUAGCGAGAAUGUUGGAAUGGCUUUCUCCUCUUGCGCAUAACACAGUUAGAUGGCACUCUGAAAGGAAUUAUGAGAAGCAGCAUACUGUUUCCCGUGGGAAUCUUCUUCUAGUGCAGACUUUGUAUUUUGCAAAUCAAUCGAAGACUGAAGCUGCAAUUAUAGAACUUUUGUUGGGUUUGAACUAUCUAUAUAGAUUUGGCAAAGACGUGAAUGAGAUGGUUUUCUUGGAAGCGAGUGGUAACCGAGUUUACGAUGAAUAUGCAAUUCAGACAGAUACUAUUGCUUGCAAUGCUUGAUAAAAUGGGGCAGACCUUCUUGGUUUAUCUAAUGAUAGUGGUACACAUACAGAGAAGUGCCAUCCCGGACUCACUUGUAUGGAGAAACCUUUGUUUCACACAGCAAGGAAUCCAUUGGAGAUAGCAGAUGAGUUAACCAUCUUUUUAUACAAUAGCUAUACAUUGUUUAACUGUGUCUUAGAUUGCAUAACUUGUUCUCCCUUCUUCUUGCCAAUCUGUAGCCAUCAUAUUAGACUGUUGUAAAGCAUAGUUUAUAUUUUACAUGAGAUGUGCGACGUGUAACCUCAGAAUUUAAGUUUGAUGUCUUCUUCCUUUGCUUGUGUAAGUAUCAGUCUGGCUUCUACUAUGCAGAUUUUCAUCUUUUCUGCU